CUUAACGUUUUCAGCUGUGCAAGCUCAAGUUUAAAAUCAUCCACAAUACUCACUUACCUUCAUGUUUUAAGGAAGGUUGGUAUUCCAGCUUUGAGAAGAAUAAACUACGUCAAGUACAUAUACUGGAUUAUUUAGGUAGUUCUUAUAUCAUAACUGUGCCCUUCCUACAAAUGCGCCGCACUCGAAUUUCCCAUCCCACGUCGUAGCACAAACACUCAACGCGACCGCGAUUCCACGAAACUAUGCCGACGCCAUGGACACUACGAACGCGUCAAACCCGCUUCAGCAGCUCGGCGUGGCGAACAGGGUUGCUAUCGCAGACUUAAGCCCCGAAAUUCAAGACUCGGCAUCUCGUGCUGUGCGUGGUGUGGUUACUAUCACAUGGCCCUAUAAUUCUGUCAAAGGCACAUUUGCUUUUAUCCUCGCUGAACCUGACUACCGUCUUCGCAGAAGCAAGGGGCAGGUUCGAAUAAAUCUGAAUGGUGCAUCUGCUAAGGCCGCUGGAGAGAGCGGGUUAAGUAGCGGUGAUGAAGUUCUCGUGAGCUUGGAUGGAGCUGAGUGGGAACCUGAACAAACCAAGAAACGACAGAGUCUGCCAGGCGCGGGCAUCGAUUGGCAGUUGAAAUUCUCAGAUAAGCUUAUGCUUCAGGUUACUUUGACCGAGACUGGAGAGACCAAGCUCGUCAACGUCGACCGUCCUCCCCCUGCGGAGCCCCAGCCUCGGGCUGAAACGCCGCCGACCGAAAUAUCUCACGAAGAAGACCUCCCCGCUCAAAUGCUCGAAACUUUCACCCCGCCUAGCAAAACCUAUAUUGCGAAGCUUAAAGAUGGCGAAUUCGAAUCUCCGGCUUUCGUUAAGAGAGCUCGGAUGUCAUACGGAUCCUUAUUCGAAGAUGGAUACGAUAUAUUCGAGGAAGAUGGUGGUGUAAAAGGAAGAGGUCGGAAAAGGUCGAGAUUUGGUCGUGAAAGCGGCGCAUGGAAAUAUACCAGCCAGUCUCCUAGUCCUGAACCUACCUCACCUCAGGUUACCGUGAGCUCUCCGCCGAGACCCGACAUGACUGAUGAAGGAUGUCAAACCAUGGAAAUUGAUCUACCAAUGCCUUUACCUACGCAAGAAAACAUUAAUAGUGAAGCGCAGCUGGUUUCGGAGUCAACAUUGAGUGUAGAAGAUGUUACCCAUCUUCAACAAGGAAUGGUAGAUCACGGUGUCCAAGGAGAUUUUCACAGCGAAUGGCCAGUCGCGACACCUGCACCACUCCCACCGCCCGGGCCUCGUAGUGAACUUCCUAGUAGUCGACCAGAAUUAUCUACAUUUCAGGCCGCCGAUGGAUUUAACAUAAUCACUAAUGACCUUCAGCGAUGGAAUGCUCCACCUAUGAACCUUCCGCCUGAAGGCUACUUACAUACUACUGAACCUCCAUCAGGUAACGGGUUCCCAAAUACUUUCGAGAUGGAAACACCUGCGGGGCAUGAUAUAGCGAGACCUGGAAGCCCUACGCACUCGCCAAACGAACCUAAUCGCCUUGCUGUUGAACAUGAUGAGCACCAUCUUCAUGAAGGCCUAGCGAUCGAUGAGCAAGGCUACCCAAUGCAAGCUACAUUACACAGCACGGACUACCCGCCACUUGGUCUUGAAGAUGAAGAAGAAAACACUACGGUAUCUCAAGGGGCACAUGUGGACUAUCCUCCCUCCUAUUUAGAUAAUAAUCACCCCUUCUCCCAAGAGGAGACCAUGGGUAUGGAACGAGACUCGUUCGAUUCCAGCGUCCCUGCAGCUGAAAAUAUAAGAUCAUCGUCUUGGGCUACGGUCAAUAACCCAUCUCAAGCGACUUCGAUGCCUCAUACCGGCAGGGUAGGUAGUGCAGAGGGGAGGUCUCCCGAUACCGCAGUUGUCAUAGACGAGAGUGAUUCAGAUGACGAACCACCACCGCCGACUGCUGCAGAGGACACGGUCAUGACCGGCCAAGCUGAUGCUCUCGACAUGUAUGAAGAAGCAGAAGUCGAAGAUGAAGUGGAUGCUGGAUAUUCGGAUGAUGAUGAACCGGAAUAUGAUGCUGACGAAAUGGGCGGUGAUUACGAUACAAGGAAUUACACCGCACCAGACGAUGAUGAAGAUGAUAGUCACGAUGAAGACUUGCGACCACACGAACUGGAACCCGAGUUCGACGACGGCGAAAUCUGGGAUGAAGAGGACGAGGACGCUGAGGAUCUCGAGUACGAAAGCGAAUAUGAGACUGAUGAUAACAAUGAAGAAAAUCGAAACCCGGUGCGGCCGGUUUCACAGUCUAUCCCUCAAGUCAUUGAUCUUAUUUCCUCCUCAGAGGAUGAAGGGGAAGAUGACGAAGCUGCCCAACCGCGGCAAAUGGCUCAACCAGUCGCUAGUAGUAGUAUAUCACAAAGUCAACCAGUAGCAUCGCCAGGAAUUAUAUCAAAGCAAGCACUCGCACAGCCCGCCGAGAGUGGAAGUGAGGGUGAAGAAGAGGGUGAGGAUAGCCAGGAUGACGAGGAGAAGAACGAUGAAGAUGAGGAGGGGGGCAAAGAUAUCGAAAGGGAGGACGUCAUCAGCUUAGUCGAUUCGAUUGACAAAUCGGACUUUGAGUCCUCGGGAGGCGAGAAUGAAGAUGUUGAGAGAAUGCUCGAGGAAGAACUUGAAGAAGCAGUGGUUAGUUCUGAAGGCGAUGAUGUGGCGGAGUCCAUUGAUAUGGGCUCCCAGCAAAUGCCUGCUGCGCCCGGAACCCCCCGCCCUAACGAGUCUAACGCAUAUCAAAAAGCAUCUCCUAAGCCUAGCCAUGAAGGGCCAAUAGGUAUGGAAACCAGGGAGGGAUAUAAAGACGGCUCGGCUGCAAAGUCCGCGGCCGACGGACUGGAAAUCCUGAGCCGAGCCGUCGACAAGGAAACUAACGAUAAUCAAGUCACGUCUCCUAGGGAAAUACAAGGUGAGGACGCUAUUGAUACCACCUCGUCUGAAACCGAACCCCUAGCGGAACGUAUAGAAGCGCCAGAGGAGCAAGUAGAAGAACAUGAAUCCCUAAGUUCUCAGGAGGAUGAGGAAAUGGUUGAUAUGGUACCUGUUUUACCAGCUACUGCCCCAACCCCACAGCCUAUAGCAGUAAACGAAGAGAGACGUGUCGAAGACAAAGCACCCUCGUCCCCUCCGUUAACACAUUCGUUUAUAUCGCUAUCUGCGGACGAUAAAAAGAUGGAUGUUGUGCUGCGAGAGAAUAUUGCUGUUACAGGAUCCCAGCUUCCGGCCGACCAGCUACCGACACCUCGAGAUACACAAUUAACGGGCGAUACCACGGUAUUGGACUCUGUUCCAGUUGUUUCUAUGGAUCUUGACGAGCCGGAUGCAGCAGACGAUACGAAAGGGCUUUCACCUGUGGCUGAGCAAUUAACCAGUAGAAAACCACCUUCGGUAGCUGCUGAAGAUAUCAUUGCAAAUGUCGAGGAGCAGGCUACUAAGCCUAGCACAUUUCAACCAGAAAAAGCUCACCUUGAAGAAAUAUCCCAGGAUACCACAAAACUGAACAACUUGCUUGCUUCGCCGAGUUUAUCCUUCCAGACUCAGGUUGCUGAUGAGGAAAUGGUCCCAGCAAGUUUCGUUGAGUCUAUCCCUGAGAUUACGAUCGAUCUUGAGACUAGAACUGAUACCCGACCUGAUAUUAAGACUAGUAUUUCUCAUGCUAGCCUGUCAUUUAUCUCUCAAAUGGAGGUCGAUGAAGAAUUACAAGCUAGCAUCAUGGAACAUUCCGAGUAUGAUGAUGAUAUGGAUAGUGAGGUGGUAGAGGAACGUGAAAUUCGUUAUCAGGCCGAAGAACAUGAAUAUGAGGCCGGUCCCGCUCAAAGUGGGGAUGAUGCUCGCGUAGAGCAUGAAACCCAAAGUCUUGUUUCGAGAGAUCCGUCCCCAGAUCUUGGAACGCAGAUACAAGAGCAACAGGACACUGGGCGAGCCAAUUCACCCCCCAUAGAAGCUGAUUCUCCCGAGCAAACGGACCCGAGCGUGCAGCUUGCUCGUGGUACGUAUGGUCCUAAGCGAAGGGUGAAGAACCAUGACACAACCAAGAUUACUUACGCAGACGAGAUAAACAUGUCUGCUGUUGAAAGCUCGUCGCCUAGUGUGGAAGAUUCGAGCGUGCAACUGGCUCGAGCUUCUUUAGCUAGAUCCUCACAGGGCGAGGAAGAAAGCUCUUCGAUGACGGCGGCGAAACUCAAACUCGUGCGUCAUCUUCGAGACGAAUUGCCGGAUUGCACGCCUCUCAAGGUUUUGCGGCAGCAUCUUCAAAAGAAGUUAGAUAUAAUUGCCGUUGCCAUGAUGCACCCACCGGACCCACAAAGAGCCAAGGGCGGCCCGCGCGAAUUCAUGAUGUCGUUUACCAUCACCGAUCACUCGAUCGGCCCCUAUUCAGUUGUGGAAACACAGCUAUAUCGACCGCACAAAGAAACGCUGCCGAUCGUGAAGGCCGGUGAUGUUGUGCUCCUUCGCAACUUCACGGUCAUCUCACUUCAAGGCAAGGGCUUCGGUUUACGCACAAAUGACGAGUCGAGCUGGGCCAUUUUUGACUACGACGGCGAACCGCCUCAGAUCAAGGGACCUCCCAUCGAAUACGGCGAGAGAGAGACCACUUAUGUGGCACACAUGCGGGCGUGGUAUAACCUUCUGGACGAGAAGGCAAGGUUGAAACUUGAAAGGGCUAAUAAGAAGAUAGUCGAUGUGGGCAAAUCUAAGUAGGGAUAAAAAUGGCUCAAUUCUCUGCGUUGGGGUUUAGCAUUCUAGCAUUUUUCUACGACGACUCUUACAAGGUUUCUAUGUAUGUUUAUCCAUCUUUGCCUUGCAUUGCAGUUAGGAGUUGGGUGGAAAAGGCAUUACUCCCUAUCUCAUGAUAUGGGAAUGGUAGAUAGCAUACUAAGGCACUAGGCUUAAUGAUAUAUAAUUGUGGUAUUUUUGAUAUUGACAAGGUCUCGUCCCUCUUAAUUCAACUUGGCCUGGCGGCCAUCAUUUUGUGGCUUUUUUGAUACAAUUAUCGCUGGGGGUUGGAAGGGAUAAGAGUUAGAAG